UUGCCCCUUAGGUAAAUGCUGUGCCAGCAAAAGAUUGAAUUUCAUUAAAAAUGAGGAAUCAAAAUAUAAUGAUACCCUCAAUAUGGAUGCUUGUGUUAAAAUUGGCACGAUUGUUUUCAGACAGAAGCUAUAUUGUAUGUUCCCGGUUUAGAGCGUGAUGACAUUUGUGCUCAGUUCUUCAUUUGGCACCAUGGAGAACGGGCGGAUGAUGGGAUCGAAAGAUCUCCACGCCCUCCGGCUUCAAGAAUUACUUCACCAGCAAAUGAUAGAAAACUCAGAAUUUUGUGAUGUUUCUUUGCUCAUUGGAGAUGUGGAGUUUAAAGCACAUUGGUGUGUGUUAGUUUCUUGUCCCUUCUUCCAGUCACUCUAUGACAGUGGGAUGAAAGAAAAAGUGGUUGGUACUAUCACUCUCAACUUUGGAACUCCAUGGGCUAUGAGGGAGGCUAUCAAAUUUCUUUAUCUUGGAAGUCUGAAAGUUUCCAUAGAAACCGUGAAGGACCUUCUUGAAGCUGCCGAGUACCUUCAGAUUGUGGAGAUGAAGAAAUGCUGCAGUGACUACUUGUACAGCACAGAGCUCACUGUUGACAACUGUGUCAACCUCUCUCUCUUGUCCAGCCUGUAUGACCUCGAACUUUACAACAAAACCUUCCAGUACCUAAGGGGACACUUGCCCGAUGUGAUGAAUAAGGAUGAGAUGUUGGAGCUGACAAAAGACUCCAUCAUGGCCUUCCUCACAGAUGAGACUCUAACCUACGUUCCACAAAUAGAUUUCUUCAAAUUCAUUGUUAGGUGGACAAGCCAUGACAUAGAGAACCGUAAGGAACAUUUUACAGAAUUGUUCACUCAGCUGGAUUUGAGUAAAAUUUGGAAAACACAUCUAGAAGAGCAGAUAGAAUCCAAUGAACUUGUUAUUAAUGAUGAAAAGUGCAAGAUACAUGUCCUCAAUGUCAAACUGAAGCACAUGUCGGGCCUCCUGUCUGAAACCUCGGACCAUAAAAACGUUAUUUUGUUGUGUGGUGGCAGUGGACCGGGGGUCUACAUUGGCCACUUCAUGCUGCCAUUCUCAGACUUCAUGGCAGUGAGUAAUGUGUUUGCGUACAUCAUCGACGAAAAACGAUGGACAGAGCUAUCUCCACUCCCGUAUGCUAUCAGGCGCCCAAUGUUAAUUUGUGAUAAUGCUGGCAAUUUCUACGUGUAUGACACUUCUCAUAGCUUGGAAGGGUCAUACAUAUUUCAGUUCAAAGUAACCGAAAGGACGUGGUCAAGUAUCAAAGUAUCUUUCCCUAGUAACUGUGAGAAUGUGUCGGUGCAGAGUAUGCUGUCCUGUGCUGAUCGGAUCUUUUUCGUAGCAUCAGGGAUGACGAAGAAAACUCGGCCAGGGGGAGCAACUGCAGGAGCUUCCAGCAGCAGUCCUCAACCAACGUGGAACUGCUUCCUCAUGGAAGUUAACUGUGAGGGUGGAGAAAGUCAGAUCUGCUGCAACCUGUUUCCCAGAAAUGUCCACACAGAGCUGAAGGCAUGUGUGUUCAACAACAUAUAUGUCUGUGUGAGUGGUUGGAAGUGCGGUGAGAAACAGGGCAAGGGCAACCGAUCUAACAGCCGAUUUGUGUACUACGACGUCAAACAAGGACGGAGACUUGAUUCGUCUAAAGGAAGCCACUUUGAGGCCUGCAUGCUUCCUUUCCAGGACGGAAUCUUGAUAGGAAAGCCGGGCAAGACAAACGUGAGGGUGUUCUCUUUCAAGGACCGGAGGUGGCGAUUACGGAGAGAUCUCAGCAUACCUCUACCCCCAGAGAACGCUGAUCGGUCAGACUACUCGUACAUCUGCCACAACGAGGAACUGUACAUCUUUGGAGGCAAGAGCCAGGACACGCGACAGCCUCUGAAGAACGUAUUCAAGUACAACCUGGAGAAGAAAGUGUGGCACAAGCUUGAGGACAUGCCUGAGUCGCUGAUGGGAAGUGGAGUGUCUGUGGGGAGGCUCCCCACGGAGCAGGUGUGCUGCCACAUCAAUUGUCCACACUGUCAGUACAUCACACGUCGAAGUCAGGCCACGUACGACAUCACCUACUCUGAUCCUGAUGAAGACGAUGACUACUCCUACGACGACUACUCAUACGAGUACUCUAACCACUCAUAUCUGUGGGAUGAUGAUGACGGCGAUAUUGAUGAUGAAGAUUUGAUGGAUCCAGGUUAUGAUUAUUGGGGAUACUGAGACAUGAAUCUGACCAUUGUUUAAUUACACCAGUAGCAUGAAUAUGACCAUUCUUUAUCCUACCAGUAGCAUCAAUAUGACCACUAAGAGAAUUGGGUUUUCCAAACUAUUAUGUUGAUAGUAUUACAAUUUUUCUAUUCUGUAAAUUCUAGAUGUUGGAUUUGCAUUUUCAGUAACUUAGUAUCUUGUAUUUUAUAUGCAGUCAAUGGUAAAAUAUUUGUUUGCAUCAUGAAAGUGCGACAAAUUACUUAAAUCUUGUUGAAUAUUUUAAAAUUUAAAUUCCAUCAUUCUUAAAUUUGCUGUCAUUAUGGAAAGUGAUAAAAAACCCAUAAUAAUAGCUUUUUUGUUAGUUUUGAAAACAAAGUGAAAAACCAAUGGGUAAAGUAGUUCAGUACAAAUGUUUUUUCUUCUGAUACUUUACAAACCAACAACUUUUUAAAAGUUAGAAAGUAUAUGUGGGAUAGAUGUAACAGAAGAAACCUUGAACAUAUUGGUCUCACUGAAUAUUUUGUUGUAUUUAUGUUAAUUGGGCUUUGCAGAGUGUAAUUUAGUGUAUAAGUUUAAUGAAUGUCAAGUGUGUUACAAAAUACAUAAUUUUGAUAUAAUUUGACACAUCUAAAAUUAAGGUGCCUCUAAGUUAGCAAACUUGAGCCCCAUAAUUUUUUGUUUUUUGUGUAUUAAAAUAUUCAAAUUUGAAAUACUUAGAUUUUAUUCAAAAUUAUUAUACUUUACAUAUGGGUUUAAUGUUUUGUUUAACACUGAUCUUCAGAAUACUUCUUUGCUGAUUUUGGUUUUAUCAUAUUUGAGAAAAAGGUGCUUUCUACAUGUUCCGUUAUAAAUAUUUUAUUUAAAUAUUUGCCCAUAGAUACUUUUGCAAACUUAUAUGCAUUAACAAAGUAUAUUACCUUAUAACACAGUAAAACAAAAUUGUAAUAGACUCAAAGGAACUUCAGGUUGAAAAAAAUGUGUCAAUCUUUUGUGGGGGGGGGGGGGGGGGGGGGGAAACAUUGUCAUUCAGAGAUUCUUUACUGCUCUAGAGGGAGUGGUAAUGUUAUAAGAAUAAUUGUAUAUUGAUAGCUGAGAUUAAUACAACCUACCCACUUUUCUAAAUUCUGUCCAGCACAUAUCUGGGUUUCUUUUUUUUUUCUUUUUUUUUAAAUCUAGUUCAUAAAAUGGAAGUCAUUUAUGCUUUGCCAUUUCAGUUUUGAUGCGUGCAUUAUAAUGACAUGUUUGAAAUAACCAACAUAGCACAUACAUGUAUCUAAAACAUAUACUUUAAGGAAUACUGUUUUAAAACAUUGAACUUGAUAAGAUGUGCACACAGUAAAACUUAUAUUGAAUGGUGCACUCCAAAAAUAUAUUGGUGUUUUUAAUUUGCAAACUGCAGACUUUGUAUCAUUGUUGUUAACAAUUUUAUCUUCUGACUGAUGCAGUUCUGUUGGUAUUUCUCGACAAAACCUAUAACAGCUACAAGUAUAGAAUCUCAUUUGUAAGCUGCUGUAUUAUUUACAUCAGAAACCAUGGUAACGAAUUUAAAACCUUGGCCAUCCAACAUUGUCAUAUAUUAUGCUAUUAUUAUAAUUUGUAGUUACAUGCAUUUUUAAAGUGUGCCUUUGCCUAUUGAAUCUUUUAAUAGGUGGCUUUAGUAUUUGGUGUAGGUCUUCAUUAAGUAAUAGUCUUUCAACUGUACAUGGUCAAGACUGGUUAUUUGGAAUCCUUCAAUAGCUGGAUUAGACAGGGAUUUUCUAAAUGAAUGUCUACCAAAUGCCCCUUCCAAGCUCCAACAAUGUACUGAAGGUCAAGAUCAAAGACAUAAAACUGAGUUGAAGUUGGUUGUUUGAAUAAGUUACAGUCCAUUAGAAAAAAUAUAAUUCAAUAAUUAUCCUAAAAAAAAUUUAACUAUCGUAAAUUUAACGUAAACCGAUUUAUCUUUAGUUUAUAAUAUAUGACAUGUUAGCCACUUCGUCAAUGUUCUUCAUGUUUAACAUAGUUAAAAUUACAUAAUACUCUUAGAUAUUCAGGGUUUAUUUUUUUUUCAUUUUCUGAACAAAAUUAAAAGAAAUAUUUCUUCAACAAAUCACCAGUUUAUAAAGUUGGGUCAGUGUGUUCAUGCAGUGAUCAGACAUGUUUACGUUUCCUGUAAUUGUGCAUACUUGCUGUUGUCAGAUUAUCACUGUACUGUAUGUUACGUGUAGUACUUUUCAACAAUGUUUACGUUUAUUGCAAAUAAGAAUACCAAAAUAUGAGCUUAAUUUUGUUGAAUAGUUUCCAGUUAUUGUUUUUAUCAUGCUUUUCUUUAAUAAAAGUCUUCCAAGAUGA